AUGGCUCCUCUAAAGAUACAUUGUUUUGUCCAAAUCCGAUGCCAGAACCGGAGGAAACUUACCCGGGGUUCUCAGUGGAAAGAAGCAGUCAUCAAAAUAGUACAAAGGAAACAGAAAUUUAAUCUGGAGGUUUCCUUUAAGUUGGAAGGAAGGAGCAGGGUUUUUCACCUGGAUGACAAUGUGUCAGCUGUACUGGUUAGUUGCGAUGAGACAGGAGUGCAUUGUCUGAAUUUAAAUUUGAAAGAUGACACUUCCUUACUCAUUGACAAGUUGUCCUCCAUAGAUGUUGAAAGGUUGAAGUCUUUCCUGGAUUUUUUUCAUCCAUCUGAAUCCCAACAACUUGAGGAACCCAAGAGUAGUCAGCAUGUUCUUGAGAGCAGUGAUCCAUUUUGCAAGAAGCCCCAGGAGUCAGUCUGUGUAUCCCUGAAUACUAAACAAGAAAGGGGUACUCCACUGCCCAUGAAGAUGCCACUUUGGUGGUCACACCCCAGCAGCAGUCAUGUUGAAAAGGAGAGAGCAGAAAAACCGAGCAUAAAGAGGAAGAGAAAAUCAACACCUAGUGUAGAAAUAAUUGAGGAGAUUCUUCAAGAAAAUAAUCCUGAAUCAGAAAAGAAAUACAAGACUUAUAACUGCAGGAAUAAAGGAAGCAAAGGAGAGAAACCAAUGGCUUUAAGAGAUCAGGGAAAGCAUAACAUUGGGAAUCUUGACCCUUCAUCCAAUCCCAACACCUGCCAGGGUCCUAACUUAGAUGACACCGUUCUGCCAACACUAACAUGGUCUGAUGAACAUGGAUCAAAGUUUAGCCAGGAGACCCAAACGUAUAAUGACCUCCAGCGUCCUCUUGAGACUUACACAAAGCAACUGAAACGUGAAGGUUUCCCCAAUUUGGGAAAUACCUGUUACAUGAAUUCCAUUUUACAAUCUAUUUUUGGGAUUCCAACAUUUGCAAUGAACUUGCUCACACAAGGUAUCCCAUGGGAGAAAGUUUCUUAUGAUGAUCUUAUCAAGCCCUUUUGUCAACUGCUUGUUUUAAAAGACAUCCAGAAUAUAGAGUUCAAGGGGGCGAUACUCAUGGAUGUGAAAAAAUCCAUUUCCACAGUUGCAAACACAUUCUUGGGCGAUGAACAGAAUGAUGCCCAUGAAUUUCUAAGUCAGUGUUUAGACCUGUUGAAAUUGAACAUGGAAAAACUAAAUGCCAUGUAUAUCACUGAGAUGGACAAUGAAGUUGAAGAGACAUCUCUACCAACAUAUGAGAAUGACAUCCCCAAAAGGUUCGUUUGUCCUGUCAGUGCUAAUUUUGAAAUAGAGCUGCAGAGCUCUAUUGUUUGUGAAGCCUGUGGUGAGGCUACUCUCAACACUGAAGUGAGUAAUUACCUCUCUGUUGACCUGCACCAAGGGACAAGAGAACACCCUCUAUCUAUUCAAAAGUCCCUUGAUCUUUUCUUUACACCAGAAAAAAUUGAGCGUAAUUGUGAGAAGUGCAAGAACAAGAAUUCAGUUCUCAGGUACACGUUGAAGAGGCUCCCCAGGGUCCUCAUUGUUCAUCUGAAACGAAACCACUUAACCGCUAAUGGAUUGUUGGUGAAGAGUAAUCAGCCAGUUGAGAUUUCUAAGUAUCUGAAUGUAUCGUCUCACUUCAAUGAAAACACGAAAGAACCAUUUCCUUUGACCGGUAAGACAACUUAUGAGGACUGUGAUGUCCCAAAUGUCCCUGAAGAGAUGAUGCCUGAGAUCCUCAGCCAGCCAAUUCCAUCCAGGAGUGUGAAGAACUAUGAGAAAAUUAACGUAUAUGGAACAGCAGAUCGUCACACUACCACUGAGAUGUUCAAUUAUUUUUAUGAUCUUAAAGAGCAAAUGAUUCUGGAAGGAUCUCAAGAAAUGGCUGAACAGCUCCUCCAGAAUCCUGGAACUAGAUUCCACAAGGAAUUCCUUCCUCAGGAUUCACCUCCAAGUGUUAGGGAUAUUCAAGAAGACACAGAGAAGGAUAUGAAUAAGUCUUUAGAUUUGAGAGAUGACAUAGAUGAUGAAUACUCCCUUGGCGCAUGGUGGAAUCCUGAAAGUACCAAUUUUCUGGGAAGCAACUACCUAUUAGAUGUUAUUGAUGAGGCAGAAAGUAUGGUAUUUGGAGAUGAUCCGCAGAAUUACAGACUGGUCAGUGUUGUCAGCCAUUUUGGGAGCUCCCAAGAUUCAGGUCAUUAUGUAAGCGAUGUGUAUGAUUUUCAAAAGCAAGCAUGGCUCCUGUACAGUGAUGUCCAAGUGUUUGAGAUCCCAGAGGCCUUGAUUCAGGAGAAUCGGCUUCACACUGGAUACAUUUUUUUUUACAUGCGAAAUGAGCUUUUUGAGUGGCUGCUGAAAAAGGCAUCAGAGUGCAAGUUACUUAACACCCCUAAAGAGCAACAGAAGAAUAUGGAUCUUUUCUCAACAUUGCUUAAUGGCUUUACAUACUUCCUUGAAGAAUCUUAAAUUCUACCCAUAAUGAAGACUCAUCAAGCUCCACGGAAAACUCAGCAAACAAAACAAACAAACAACAUGUUAGGACAGAAACCCAUAUAUCCAUGA